AUGGAUUCAGGACCAUUUCUUGAUAUAAUUUCGACUUUAUUAAGUUAUUUAGACGUGAAAAGUCUCAUCCGCUUAGCGCAAACGUGUUGCUUUUGGAAAGAGCGCAUUUAUAACGAUUUGAAAUUAUGGCCAAAAGUAAUUGAACUACCUUAUAUCGGUCUAAUGGAGGGUGGCUUUUAUGGACGCUAUGGACCUGAAACAGUAGUUAAAGCAAAAUUAUGGUCAAUGAUUUUACCUCCAGAUGAUCCAAAAGCUUUGGAAAAAGUUUUAGCGAAAAUGGCUUCCUCAAACGAAAGUGUGCGUCGCUUUCUAUUGGUGGAAAAGGUCCUAUUCAAAAAUUUCAUUCAUACUGACGAGUCUUUACGCCUUACUGCUUUAUUAUUUCCCUCUAUUCAAGAUAUCAGCUUUGAGGGUGAUUUGUUUACUGUGACCGGUGUUGAAUGCAUAGCUACAUCGUGUAGAAAACUCAAGCACAUUGAAUUUUACCGUUGUAAAACUGUUAAUAUAGCAAGUGCAUGUCGUCUAUUUAACACUGAAGCUAAUUCACAAAAUUUAAAACGACUUUUUAUUUCUGGGUGUACUUCUCCGAUGCAGCUCAAUCACUGCUCAAACAGCAGUGAUUUACCGUUUAUGACAUUGUGUCAACGUUGUGGAUUAUAUUUCAAUGAGUUGAAAAAUGAAGAUGAAAUGUUGUGUCUCUACCAUCCUGGGACAUAUGAUGGUUAUGGGCAUAGUUGUUCAUCGUUCAGCUGCUGUGGUAGUAAUACACCCAAUUAUCAGUCAACAUUAGGCUGUCAAUACACUUAUCAUCAAAAGUACGACGCUUCAUCAUCAAAUCGGAUGCUAUCACGUCAAUUACACCAUGGACAUCCUGAAUACAUGUUUCAAAAAUAUGACAUAGCGUUGUUCCCAUUAUGUUUUACUGAAAGACGAGAAUUGCAUCAAUGUUAUAAACAAUGGAACAAUCAGCAACAACAGGAAAAUAACCAAUGA